GCGAACGCGCUCACAGCGCAUUUUAUUCCAUUCACCGUUCAAUUUACAACAAAAUAAACCACAAAAAUCUUAUCAAUAAAAGCUCCAAAUGUAAUGUAGAUAUGCGAGUGAGUGUUACACGCUGUGCCCUCUGUUACUAAAAUGUGUUUUGAUGGAUUGUGUUAGUGUUCAGCUUUACCCAGGCGUCGUGUAUUGUGAAUAAUGAUAUGUAACAACAUUUUGUACGGCGAUAAAUCGGCGGUAACAGUGUACUUUUAAUCGUGAACAAUAUCGGGAAUAUAAAUAAAUUUACUUUACAAAUGAGAGUUAUUUAUCUAAUAGUGAGUGAGAAAUGGAGCGGCCUCCUUCAGCGCGUAACAGGCCGACUGUCCGACAUUUCCACAACCAGCCUGAACUGCAGAGGGGAGGCAGCUACGGCCUCAUGCUGAAGUGGAUUCUCUUCGUAUGGCUGGCGAGCUGUGGACCCCUUGGGAAUACCGUCAAGCAAGAUGGUUGCACGUUCCCGGCAAGGUGGCACGGGCGCUGGUUUCAGUCCGGGGUGAUCCAGCCCAUCAUCAUUGAGGGUGAUCGUCUCUCCAACAAGGGCAAAUGUGUCUCUUCUGAAGGCGACAAAUUUGUUAUUGCUGAUGAGAAAGGAUGUUACCGUUGUGUUGUGAUGCAUGAGAAACAUCAAAAUGUCCUCCAGUACAAAGAAACGUUUUGCUACCGUCGAGAUGCUCUACCACAUCUAUGUACACUGAUCACCGGCGAUGCUCUUCUAUACUCAAUGUUCAGGGAGAAUGCGGAUCCCGUCGACUGUCCUCUCAGAGGUCCAUUCUCCUUUACCUACAACAGAGGUCAUGGUGAUUGUAAAAGCCCAGUAUCAUCCAUUGAGAGCUGUACAGAAGAUUCUAGACUCCUUCUAAACUACCAAGCCUGUCCUGAUGUCUACGGCUCUGAGAGUACAGUGGAAGAACUAGAGUGCCUUGCAACGUGGAAGGAAGGUAGCCUACGAUUCUUGGUUGGCAAGUUGCACCACAAUCACGCCACCAGCAACGAGGAUCGCUACAGAUGCUUCGUCUACGAGAAGACAAAUGGUAUUGCAUCUGGUAAUGGUGCUAAAGAUGGACCAGUAUCUCCAGGAGGCGUGGAAUACAGAGUUGCUCAGUCAGGUGACGCUACGUGCAAUGGACUCUUCAGUGCCACGGAGGGAUCCCGAACUAUGGCCUUAAAAAGAGUCUCAGUACGUUUCAACUGCCAGUUUCCUCCGUGGAUGACGUUCUCCCACACUUGGCACACAUUAGACUUCAGCAGCAAUUACACUUUCUACCAGAGAAACGCAACUCUUCGGAUUACCAACCAGACCGGCGCUGACAUUAAAGUGUACUGCGUCAAUGUUAAAGCAAGCUCACCAAGUGGAAACUCUGUAGCUUUAGUGGCGCAUUGGCAACACCAUUGUGUGUCCCGAUACGUAUGCGUGGUGCUAUAUCGUCGAGAUACAUACAUAGCAGAGCUACAACGUGGUUCGCCGACAUCCAGACCUGAUGAUGCUUGUUCCCCCCAUCAUUUCAAUGCUGUUACCGCACCUUAUAUUACUUUAGUUGCAAGCAAUCCAGAAUCAAAAGAUUGCCCGUACUCGGGCAAGUAUACUGUACGGAAUAGUAGGCGCCAGAGAAAUAUCAGAGAUCUGAGUGAGAUAAAAUAUAGGAGUAAGCGAGAGAAAGCAAUGUUCGAACAUAAUCGUAGGGUUAAUGGGAGUAGGUUGUUCAAUUUUAGUGUAAGCAAUAUGUCGAGUGCUCCAACGCUAAGGAGCAGAAGGCAAGUGGAUACGCCGGAGAUAGCUUGCAUAGAUAACAAUUACAAUAGAUUAGAAGUGGGCUGCAACUCUAUGAAGAACAUGGAAUUCUAUUCUAAUUGUCAGAACAAAGAGUUAGUUACAGCGUACACGUGCCACGGCGGGUGGUACGAGAACGGCGCGUCGCUGGUGGUGACGACGCCGGUGACGCGCGACAGCACGGCGGCGCGCCGCUACUGCUUCGUGUCGCGCGAGGCGCGCGGCGGGCUCGUGCUCGCGCGCUCGCCCGCCAACUGCGACCGCGCCGCCGCCGCCGAGCCCGACCUGCUGUUCGACGCCACCGCAAUAGGAGAAUGUCAAGAUCAAACAAAUCAUCAGCUCCUUCUGAGGAUACCAUCACCGCUCACAAUCUUCACAACUAUUAUAAUAUUUCAUUUUAUAAUACCAAGAUGAUUCAACGCACAAAUCCCGUAAUCGUUUUAGACCCUACCCUUGUAAUUAUAGUAUUAAAUAGGACGAAGAUGUAGAUGAGAUUAAAUAUUUUCUUUUGUUUUUAACUGGAGAGUGCUACAUGUGUUGUAGUUACCGCCGUUAAGAGAAGAUUGUGGAACGAACUUCUUAUAUAUAUCAUAAAUUUAAGAUCUUUUUAUUUUCGCACUAAUAUCGCGGCUAUAUCUCGUUGCAACUUUAUUUGUUUUGUAUAUAUUAACAUAUAUAUAGCCUGUAAUAAUGUUUAAGGACGUCCUAUUGUUCGAGGACAAGAGGUCCUUUCAAACAACAAAAGAAUUUCUCAGAUCA